CCAGUGCUGCCAUUCUGUGCAUCUGCUUUGGUUCCUCUGCUCCUUGUUUUCGAACCCAAUGAGCAAACAGGGCCAGAAAGCCAGAGCCGCUCCCCCACAAGUCGCCGGUGUUUUCAAGCUAGAUACCAUUCGCGAUGUGGCUGACUCUCUAAACAUCACUUCAUUAUCAGACUCUGUGGCUUCAGCGUUAGCGAGCGAUGUUGAGUACAGAAUACACCAGGUCGUCGAGGAAGCAGCCCGUUUUAUGCGGCAUGCACGACGCACAACCAUGACGACGUCAGACAUCGACCAGGCUCUGCGCGUACUCAACAUCGAGCCGUUGUACGGCCACUCUCCCCACAACCCCCCCACCUUCCGCCGCAUACCCCCAUUACCCCAGUCCGCGUCAGGAUCAAUAUACUUUGUCGAAGACGAGGAGAUCGACUUUGACCGCGUACUCCGAGAAGAGAAGAUCACGCUACCGAACGGCCCGCGCUGGACGGCGCACUGGCUCGCAGUCGAGGGCGUCCAACCACUGAUACCUGAAAACCCGCCUGCCAUUCCGAAGGAAACUGACCCAGAUGGGAUGGUCAAGCCUUUAUCUCCGUCGCGUCCUGGCCAGAUGUUCCCGCUUACGCCGCCUUCCGACCGGCCAUCUCCCGUGCAAGCCGCGAAGAAGCCACAACAGCAACAGCAGACCGUCAAGCAAGUACUGUCGCGCGAGCUGCAACUGUACUACACGCGACUCACCUCCGCGCUGCUCCCACCGUCGACAUCCGACCACGCGAAACGGGCUGCAGCCCUUGCGAGUCUACGAAACGAUGCAGGGUUGCAGGCGCUCCUCCCCUAUCUGGUGCGGUGGGUCGGGGAAGGCGUCGUAGGCGCGUUGAAAGGUGGCGCGCAGAGCGAAAACGACGGCCGAGUGUUGGAGGUGCUACUAGAUGUCAUUGGUGCACUGCUCGACAAUCCAACGCUGUUCGUCGAACCCUAUCUCCAUCAACUCCUUCCUCCCAUUCUCUCGACCCUCCUGCAUUCUGCCCUCCCGCAAUCCCACGCCGCGCACCUGCGCACUUCAGCAGCCCAGAUCCUCUCGCACCUCCUAACGCAGUACUCCACAACCUACCCUUCACUCCCGCCCCGGAUAAUGAAGACACUCUUGCUGGCGCUCAUCUCGCCAGGGAAGAGCCGGAGCACGCGGGAAGGUGCGAUACGCGGCCUGAUAGGCAUUGGGAAGGAGGCGGUACGAAAAGGUUUGGUAGAAGGAGGCGGUGCGAAGGUUGUCGGAAGCGAGUGCAUGCCUGGGGAGGAGGGCGGUCUUGCGGAGUCCGUCAUGGACGCAUUCAAGGUGCUGCAUCCGCCAAAUGUGCUGUCGGUUCCGCUUGACAGUGCGGAUGAGGCAGAUGCUGCUGUUAUACAACAGCUGAAGGAGACGAUGGGCGACUUCUUCGCCGAGAGGAUUUGGGGAGACGCUGCGUGGGCAAGAGCUGUCCUGACCGGGGAUAGCGAGGGUUAAGAUAGUCCCAGAUAAGUAAUGUCCAGGCUUGUAUGUGUUUUUGGCGUGUCUGUAUUGUCUAGAGUGUUCAGGUAGGACAUGCUUGGUCGAGAACGAAUCCUCUGACAAGCCGUGUUCGAGUCGACAUACUCCUAGAACGUUUGUAUGUUCGUGCUGCAUGGCCGAUUGUUUCCGAGAUGGAAUGGCACGGCUCUCGGAGUCAUAUUCGCGGCGUCUAUGAUUUACAUAUGAUCUCGUUCAUCUUUGUAUGUCGUGGCCGCAGCGGUGCCCAAUUUCA